CUAGAAUCGAGCCAGGCUCACACCGCUUUCUUGAUCUAUGAGUGGAAUUCACAGUCCACCGUUGUGGAUCAACGCAUUGACAUGGACCAAACUCCAGCUCCAACCACAUCGCGCAUCCUAUGGGUCUUGGACCAGUCAAAGAAGAAUGAACACGUAUCUCUGCCCAGCUUCGCCAAGCACUUCAAUUAUACUGAUAGAGUGUCAGCGAACGAAGCGUUCCUUGUUCUUAUCAACUCGUCCAAAAUCAACGAAAGGCGGCGGAAGCGCCUAGAGAAGGCACUCGCAGAAUUCAAAACGAACCGCGAGGAGGAGUUCUGGACAAAUGUUCAAACGAAGCUGAAUACGAGAGUGUCUGCCAAGAAGGCUGCCGUGAUCACGCAGCAGGUAGGGCUCCAACAAGCCAAAUAUGAAUACACGCAGCACUCUCUGAGCCAGGAACGAGCGAGCCAGGAACAUCACCUAGAAACACUGGCGGAGAGUGAAGGUGAUACGGAGGAAGGCGGGGACGAUCGUGAGAAAUCCGCCACGGAAGGUAGUAGACCGUCUCAUAGCAGUGGUCGUAAUUUAGCAAUGAUGAUACCUAUUAACUAUAUGCAUUGCCUCUCAUUUUUGAAAGGAAAUCAAGAGACCAUCGAGGAGGUUGAGGGGAUGUUGUCGUAUUCGAUGAUAACGCCUUUUUAUACUCUUAUUGAUUACAUCUACAGGAAGGUCCGUGGUGAGUCGGCUGUGCUUCCCAGAAUUCCGUCCAUCAUCUCUUCCAACCAUAAGGAGAUGUUCGAGUGCGCUCAACAAAUGCUUCUGGAUGAUGAAGCACCUGCGAGUCGUUCGAAGGGGAGUAAAACUCAGGAACUUGUGUUGAACAAGGACUUGUUGGUACUUCUUUCUGGGAUCAUUAACACGAUCCCGACAGGGGCGGUUGACAAUCUGUCUCUUGCUGCCAAGAUCAAGAGUCAGUCAGCGCUACCAAGCUUUCAAGUGAAAGAAGAGCCCGUCAUACUUCUCUUGGAAGACAUGCUUCUUGCACUUUGCCCAGGGUUCGACAAUGACCCGUACGCCGUGCCACAUUUGCCAAGCCUGCAGCAGUGGAUUUAGGCCCAGCUAGCAGUGUUUCUCGACUUUUAUUCGACUUGUGCUAGGCUAAUGUAAAAUUCGAAUGAAAUUCGAAAUUCGAUUCG